AUGAGUUCUGGUCAGGGUCCAGCACAAGCACCAACACCGGACAGCCUGAGCGAGAGACUGGCAAGCAGCUUUGCUCCAAUCGACUUCGAUUUUUGGAAUGCGACCCAGGCUCUGAAACCGUCUUCCUCCACUCCGACCUUCUCGAGAAUCUCGCCGGACGGGCGAGAUCCGCGAGACCUGCUUUCGCACCAGACUCCACCUGCGGCCUUCGCAUCAAGAACCCUAUCUUCGGACCCUCAGUCGCAACCAUACAACCUCUCCCCGCGCCUGAUCGCAGGCAAAGGAGGUUUGACCGAAUCAAAAGCCCACAAUCGACAGACGAGUAUCGUCCAUGGCAUACAGCAUUCGAGGAAUGGAAGCUUCGCGAGUGCUUCAUCCAGUCCGUUGAGUCCUCAGAUGAUCAUUGCAGCCGGCACUGAUGCAUCCACCAUGGGCGACUCAACAUUUGCAAGCAGUCUAGUUGGGCUGGCUGGGGGUGCCUCCUUCAGUUCCUCAACUUCGACAGUUGUACCUGAUCGAGCCUCGUCUGCUACGGAGAAUGGCAGUUACCAUACAACGCAGAAGCGGGUGGAGCGCAUGCAUAGUGGGAAGAGUAGUCGGGACCAUCGACACCAUCAUUCGCAUUCGCGACAUCAUCAUAAGGAGGAGCUGAAGACCGUUGGCGAGUAUGCUCUACAUGUGCUAUUUACAUCAUUUAUUGCCCAAGCCGAAGAGAAAAUCAGCCAAUGUAUCACUGUUCCUCUCGACCCUGAACCUCAAAUAGAGCAGAUAUGUGGUCCUGGAGUGGACCCGACGUUCGACCAGCUAAUUUCGGCCCUGGGCCAUAUUGCGAGCCAGAAACCGAAGCCUUUGAUCGAUUCAAUGAUGUUGUGGCGUAAGAACAAAAGUGAUGCCGCUAGUGAGGCAAGAGUGCAACUACAACAGUCUAAGAUACAACCGGGCCAAAUGCUACGACGAAAUACAGAACCUCCACAUAUAAUGCCGGACGAUGCUCUUGCUGCUAAUAAUCAACCUACAAUAGCUGCCCGUCAAGAGUUUGUUGCCCAAGCCGAGCGCCGUUCCACCGCCUCAAUCUACAUACUAUGUCGUGUGUUGAUGGAGGUCAUUGGCCAAAGUACACUAUCGUGUAUAACCCCCGAAAUGGAGGAAAAGCUGGAGGGAAUCAUUUUUGGACAGUUGAAGAUUGCCGAUGCUGACCAACUUAACAAUUCGCCUCUCAAGAUGGCAAAUUGGUACCUGUUCAGCCAAUUGCUGGGUGUUAUGAGCGAGAUCAAUUUCGAAAGUGUUGCAGACAGGUUUAUUGCGGAUCUGGAGAAGUCACAAAAAGAUCUUAUCGGCAAGGGACCAGCAAAUCGAGAAAUUGAAGGAAGGAUGGAACUUGUGCUUGGGGGAAUGAAGCACCUACGAAUCAAGGUGUAUCCAGAAGAUGCCUGGGAUCAGUCUUGCGACUUUAUGAUAUCGCUUGGACGGUUCUUUGCUCGGUCACACGGACAACGUUUAAAAUAUGCUUAUUGCCAAGCUCUCGAAAUUCUACUGCUCCCCAUCGCGGCAAAAGCCAAUACUGAGCUAAAUAUGCCAAAAUGGACUGAAGUUCUUGGAACGAUCGCACCUCGCCUUGCUUCUAUGUUCGUCAAACCUCGACACUGGAGUGUUGCGUUUCCGUUGACAGCUACUCUGCUGUGUGUAUCACCAGUUGAGGCUUUUUCAACCCAGUGGCUGCAGCUUGUGCUUCCGUUACAGCCGAAAUUCAAAGACCGUUUUGCCAGACCUUUGUGCUUGCAAGUCAUUUCGAGAUUACUUUGGACUUAUCUUUACCGCACAUCUGAUACCCUAAACUCGACGAUCAAGAAGUUGGAAGAAGUUAUCAAGCUGGUGAUACCACCUGGGAAGAGGACGUAUCUCUCGACUGACCCUUCAAUUGCCGAGCCUUUGAUUCAGAUAAUUCGCAUCAUUGGGUUCAAGCACCAGGACUUUUGCUUGCGAACGAUAGUCUUUCCUCUGAUCAACGCAGACCUAUUCGCUUCAGGCAGAGACUUGAAAGUCGAGCAAUUGGAGCCAGAGAAGAUGGUAAUUGGUAUUAGAGCAUUCCUGGCUAUAAUGGCAGAUCUCGAAAAGGGAGAUCAAGGUCGACCGCCAUUUCCACAGCACUAUGCGCCCCUACCAUUAUGGGAUCGAAUGCCAACUUCACCUCUAAUGACCGCUCCGCGAAGUCCUCCACUACUCCCAACCCAAAUUCGAAGCCAGGACGAUCGGUUGUCUCGUCCAGUAAUGACGAAUACCCUCAGUGACGUCGCCAAAGAAUAUUAUUCGAAAUUCUGCGAGAUACUUGGGAAGAUCACCAUCAUAUGUGACAAUACUUUUGGCGGUCAAGCUGUAUUGGACGAGAAAUUUAACAGCCCUGCACCAAAAACUCCGUUAGCCGAAAGCUUCAAUUUUGCUCGGCGUGAUGAUCAUCAGAGCUACUCGGACCAGAAGCAGGGCUUCUACGAACUACUACACGUUGCUGUACAAGCGCUACCACGUUGUCUCUCAGCUGAUAUUCCCUUCAAUUCCUUGGUGAACUUGCUGUGCACUGGCACAGCCCACGUCCAGUACAACAUUGCCGAGUCUUCGGCGCAGUCAUUAAAAUCAAUCGCACGCCAGUCUCAUGCCCAGCAAGUCACAAUCGGAUUUGCUCGAUUCAUAUUCAAUUUUGAUGACAGAUAUUCAACAAUGUCAGAUGGUGGCAUGCUUGGUCCUGGCCAUAUUGAGAGUACACUGAAGCUGUAUGUUGAGCUUUUGCACAUUUGGAUUGAGGAGAUCAAGCACAAGACCAAAGAAGCUUCUGCCGAUGUCACUGAAGAUGGAGGCGCAGACAAGCGCGGCGUCCAACUAGAUCUUUCAGGCAUCUGGGCUCACGUGGAUGAAGUAGAAUCACAUGGACUGUUCUUCCUGUGCUCUCAGUCGAGGAGAGUUCGUGCCUUUGCUGUCAACGUUUUGCGGCUAAUCACCGAAUUCGAUACAGCACUCGGCAAAGAUAAUGGUAGACUCAUUCAUAUCCUCGAAGGCGACUCAAUGCGUGUCAUGGAUUUCAAUGAUGAGCAUCUAUCUGUUGCGGAGCGCAGCAGACUACAGCGAGGGAUGCGAAAGAGCAACUCACAAAGUGCUCUCAUUGAUCUUUGCAGCAGCGAAGUUUCUUACGAUACAACACUUUGGUUCAAGAUUUUCCCCAACUUAAUCCGGAUCAGCUACGACCGAUGUCCUUUCGCUGUUACACUUGGACGGGAGUUGAUAUGUAAUCGUAUUUUACAAAUGUAUCGGGGUAUUGUAGCCUUAUCGGAGGUCACCAGAGGUCCGCAGUACGGUUCCUUUGAUCGGUUCGAAACAGGGAGUGGCCGCCUGCUAUCGAGAUCUUCAACAACCCCACCAGAAGUUUUGAUUGAGCAGUGGAAGCUAUAUCUGAUCGUGGCGUGCACCACGCUUUCCGACAAAGGUGGUCAGCAACAAUCCUCUCCUCAGGCUGCUCAGCACUUGCGGAAAGGCUCAAAGCCCAGUCAGACGCAGGAGAAAAUCACAUCUGCUCGAUCAUUAUUCAAAUACAUCAUACCUCUGCUUCCGGUCAACCCAGCUUCGAUCCGAGACGCUGUUGUCGUCGCUCUAGGGUCUAUCAACGUCAAUAUCUACAAGACCUUGCUCGAAGAGUUGCAAACAGCGGUCAGUCGGUGCAAUGAUGAUGCCAGAGCUCGAAUUCACCAACGAACAGUGAGCAGUCCAAGGAGGAAUAAGCGAACAGAUCUAUUAAGGACAGAAAUUACCCAUGUUUAUAGACUCACGUCACGCUUCUUGAAAGACCCAGAGGUACAUCAGAGUGAUUGGAUACUGAACAAUCUCGUCGCGUACACGAAAGACCUCAAGUUAUUCCUCAUGGAUGGUGAGGUUCAAAUGGAUUGGGAGUUCCAAAAACUCCGUAGGCAUUACUGCGGCCUAAUGGAAGAGCUAUUUGAGGGAAUAAACCUCACCAAGGACCCUUCUCGGUGGAUGACUUUCGAAUCGAGGAAAUCUUCAUUUGCCCUAAUGGAAGAUUGGUGUGGUUAUUCGCCCAAUCAGCCUCAAAUACGUCAACGUGAAGACAGUAUGAGACAGUCAAUGAUCGAUCAACAGUCGCUUGGCGAAAGAGGAACGGUUACUGCAGCCAUGGAGAUUGAGAAGAGAAACCUGCGAACGGCGGCCCUCAGCGCAAUGGCCGCCCUGUGUGGUGGCCCAGUAAGCAUUACAACCCAGAGCCAAGCGAAUCUUCAAUUUGACAUCAGACGAAUGCUCUCAUGGAUCGAUACCAUUUUCAGCUCGGGGAGUGAUCGGAUGCAUGUCAUUGGACGAAGAGCCCUGAAGAAUCUGAUUGUGCACAACAAGGAGUUCACAUAUUUGCUCGAGCAUUCGAUUGCUCGGUGCUAUUUGGCCGAUAUGGGAAAGGUGCUGGAGAGCUACUACGAAGUGGUGACUGAAGUAGUGCUGGAGCAUCCUGAUUAUCCAAUGCCCUUCUGGAAGCUCCUUGGUGUUGGGCUGUAUACACUGGGCAGUGAGCAGAGUGAAAUGCGAUCGAAGUCAGCCCACAUGUUACGAAUACUCGAGGAGAGGCAACAGAAGAGCUCGAAAAUCCAAGAUUACGAUAUCAGCAUUUCUGACAAGACCAAAGCCGUGUACAAGCUUGCUCAAUUUGAGAUUUCGAAGCGACUCUCCAAACAGCACUCUGAAUUGGCUUUCAUCAUAUUUUCUGAGUUCACUGCAUACUUCAAUCAGCUUCAGUCUGGUGCCCAGCGAAACAUGGUUGCCGCUAUUCUCCCCUGGAUUCAGAUCAUCGAACUGCAGAUCGAUCCGAAUGGUGGACCAACAGCUCAGUCCUACGUGCUUCUGACGAAUUUAUUUGAAAUUACUAUCAAGUCCAGCAGUGCGCUCCACAAUGAGGUGCAAGCACUAUGGCAAGCUCUUGCAACUGGACCACAUGCCGGCAAUGUCCAACUUGUGCUAGACUUUAUCAUGUCUCUCUGUUUGGAUCGUCGAGAGCAGAAUUUUGUUGAGUAUGCCAAGCAAAUUGUCGUCUUCCUGUCCAGUACGCCUGCUGGAGUAAAGGUGGUCGAGUUCCUCUUGAUGCAAAUUACGCCAAAAGCCAUGAUACCAAACGAGAAGCGCGAGCUCAGUCCGCCUCCUCCAGAUGUCGGUAAACUUCCAUACAUCGCAGAACUUGCCGAGGCGCUGCCUAUUGGAGCCAAGCAAGCUGGGUUUUCUCUUGGACAGCUGUCGUUGAUUCUUUUGGUAGAUCUGAUGGUGUCCCCAGUCCAACUAGUUGCCGAAAAUGUGCCACUGCUCCUCCAAGUUGUCACUGUCUUAUGGGAUCACUACAUACCGCUGGUACAAGAACAGGCUCGAGAAAUGCUCAUUCAUCUCAUCCACGAGUUGGUCAUCUCACAGAUUGAUGAUGAGCUUACCACACCAACAAAGAAGUCAAUCGAAGACUUCAUCGAGUCCAUCCGUCGGCAUGAUCCCAAAGUCAUUUGGGCGUAUGAAGAUAAUAAUGGGAAAGUUGAUGACCAGGACAACAAAGUGCCCGCCGGCAUGGAGCUUCUUACAAGUGAGGUGGUCAGAGAUUUCGAAGUCACAUAUCCUGGCAUUCAAGAGCAAUGGGGUAAACUGUCUUUAACCUGGGCAACAUCUUGCCCAGUGAGGCAUUUGGCGUGCCGAUCUUUUCAAAUUUUUCGCUGCAUUCUCACGUCCUUGGAUCAACCCAUGCUUGCGGACAUGCUUGCAAGAUUGUCGAACACCAUUGCUGACGAAGAUUCUGAUGUCCAAACGUUUUCAAUGGAGAUUCUAACGACGCUGAAGACCUUGAUCUGUAAAUUGGACACCCAGGAUUUAAUGACAUUCCCACAGCUGUUUUGGACAACAUGUGCAUGCUUGGAUACUAUCAACGAAAGAGAAUUCUUGGAAGCACUCAAUAUGCUAGAAGAGCUCAUUGGAAAACUCGACCUGAGCGAUCCGAAUGUCAGAUUGCUUCUCGCCGAGGGAAGACCACUUCGAUGGGAGGGUGCAUUCGAGGGUCUCCAACAAUUAGUGCACAAGGGACUUCGGUCAUCAGUGUGUCUCGACUUGACAUUGAAGACUUUGAAUAAGCUUGUUCGGCUUCCAAACGAUGACCUGAUCGGAGACGACAGCCGACUUCUUUUCGCUGUCCUUGCCAAUUUCCCAAGGUACCUCCACGCAAUGGAUCAAGACACGAUUGAUGUUGAGAGCGCAAAGAGCGCCGAAAUUCUUGCUCAGGUCGCCGAAGCCCAGGGUUGUAGUACCAUCUCAAGAGCGCUGAGUGGAUUCGCAGCUGGCCGAUAUCGAACAAGUAAGGACUUUCUUGCCCAGCUUGUAUCUGCAAUCCGGGAAGCUUUCUUCCCGCAAUGGGAUUUCGGAAGUCUUACUUUCCUCAUGGGCCUGCUUACGAACAAUAUACCCUGGUUCAAGCUGAAGACGAUGCGCAUUCUUUGUGCAAUAAUACCCGAUAUCGACAUGAAGAAGCCUGAAAUUGCUUCGCAUGGCCCAGAUCUGAUCUCACCACUGUUGAGACUGCUACAGACUGAAUUUUGUAUGGAAGCUUUAGAAGUAUUGGACAACAUCAUGACGAUGACAGGUACCUCCAUGGACAAGCAUCAUUUGAGGAUGAGCAUGACCAGGUCUUCCUCGAAGGCAAUUCGAAAGGAAUAUGAGCGUACCCAGAGCUUGUUCGGAAUACCAGAAGAGUCGGGAUGGUCGAUACCAGUUCCUGCAAAACAUGCCGAGACUACAAGAGCGAAUGUCCAUGCUGUAUUCUAUAUGUGUCAAAACGCCGAGAAUAUGGACCCUGAGACAGCUCCAACUCCAGACGUCGAAUUUCACGUCGAUGAUUUCCAAUACGGCUACUUCCCAGCCACCGAGAGAACAGAGACAAUGAUGUCCGACGAAGGCCGAGGAGACGGGCAUAUUGGAGAUCUUGUGAUGAAGCUCGAUAGUCUGGAUGAUUUCUUCGAAGAUAGUUUACAGAGCCCUACAAGUGAUGGUCGAUCGUCUCGGACAAUUACAGAAGCAGGAUUCGCCAGUGAAGGAUUCGAGUCGGGUGCCCAAUUAUACGAUGAACAAACUCUUCCCAUCCUCCACCAAUCACUCGCUAGCACGUCCAGCAACACAUCGUUUCAAAACGGCUUCACAGAUAUGCGACCUCCUCCAAGUCGUGAACACAAUGCCAUGAAUCCCGGCGCAUUCAGUCUCGUUCCUGGCGCCCGGCCCAUAAUGCACUCUCGCUCCAUCACGUCUCCCUCCGCCUCCACCACUACCCAUCCCAGCAUGACGUACACCUCCGACGACGAUUACACUGAGGAGGUCUUCUCAGAUGGCGAUGAUGAGCGCACAGCUGCUCCGGGAGAAGGCUCUUUCUUCCUCGAGAAUAUGAUCAAGCCGCUCGCCCAAGGUACCCGAAGCAGCAUGCGUCGACUCACAGGCGGACGAUCUCGAGACAGUGACCGCAUGAGAGAUACCCUGCGAGCUGAGCGCCGCGGCCUCUCGCAGCCGCCCAAAUCCCCUCGUGUGCCGAAAAUCCCAAAUGCCUACGUGCAGAAGACGACAAGUCCUAGCGACCCACUAUAG